AUGCAUCUCUUCUCAUCGUGGAUCAAAGCUGUUUUCCUCGUUGCCCUGAAAUUUCCUCUUUAUUCGGAAACGGCUUUUGUACCUGCACUAGACAUUCGUGACAUUCGUGAAUUGCCAGGCUGUAGUGUGUAUGCAGACCAACCACAUUUUUGUACAAGGGAAAUGGAUCCAGUCUGUGCAACCAAUGGCCAAACUUAUUCUAAUAGAUGCGUGUUCUGCAGUGAAAAAUUAGAAAAUAGUGGAAAGUUUGAAUUUAGUCACUAUGGUGCAUGCUGAUUCUGUCUAAACUACACAUUCCUAUGGCUUUUAUUGCAAUCCUAUUUCGUGAUGGAUUCUACAGCCAAUUAAGGUUCUGAAGUCCUAGAUGACCAAGCAAAGCCUUCUAUGCUACACAAGAUGGAACACAGAAUGAUGAAG